AUGGGGUGUGCUCAGUCGAGGCCCUCCACGACCUCGCCAUCUCGCGGCCUCGAGAAGCUGAAGCUCGACAGAGGUUACGUCAAGGCGGGCAAGGACCGUAGCAGCAAUAAGCCCACCAUCAGGCGCGAAGCGAAGGACAACAAGAUUGCCACCGUGAGGGGAGAUGCCGCCAAAAGAUCAGGCAGAGCAAGAGGAGGAGGAGAGAAUAAGGCGGCCUCGAGAGGGGUAGGCAAAGAGAGAGCGAAGAGCAAGAGUGACGGCAAUGGAGGCAACGAUUGUGUUGUCAGUGAUCAGAGACUGAACAGCAAGAAGAUCAACGGAGGUGGAGGAGAUGAUCUUGUAGAUGGUUGGCCCAAGUGGCUUCUUGACAAUGUUAAUAAGGAUGCUUUGGCUGGUUUGGUUCCUAAGACUGCUGAUUCUUAUGAUAAGCUGGCCAAGGUCGGCCAUGGAACCUAUAGCAAUGUGUAUAAAGCUCGAGAUAGGGACACCGGGAAAAUUGUUGCUCUCAAGAAGGUCCGCUUCGACACGACGGAGCCAGAGAGUGUCAAGUUCAUGGCCAGAGAGAUCAUGAUAUUGCAGAAGCUAGACCAUCCUAAUGUGAUCAAGCUCGAAGGGAUUGCCACCUCGAGGAUGCAGUAUAGUCUCUACUUGGUCUUCGAUUUUAUGCAAUGUGACUUGACCAGAAUCAUCUGCCGCCCAGGCUCGCGUCUCUCAGAACCACAGGUCAAGUGCUAUAUGCACCAGCUGCUUUCCGGUCUCCGCCAUUGCCACAAGAAAGGAAUUCUCCAUCGAGAUAUCAAAGCAUCCAACUUGUUAAUAGACAAGAGUGGCAUGCUGAAGAUCGCUGACUUUGGGCUUGCUAAUUUCUUCAAUCCUAAUGAAAAGCGUCCGCUCACCAGCCGGGUCGUCACGCUCUGGUACAGAGCUCCAGAGCUACUAUUAGGCUCUACGGAUUAUGGAGUCGGCAUCGAUCUUUGGAGUGCAGGAUGCCUAUUGGCUGAGAUGUUCCUCGGAAGGCCGUUCAUGCCAGGGAAAACAGAGGUCGAGCAACUUCAUAAAAUCUUCAAAUUCUGCGGCGCACCCUCGGAAGAAUACUGGAAGAGAAAUAAGCUACAGACGAGCUACCGACCACCGCAACAUUAUCAGCCUAGUUACCGCGAGACUUUCAAGGAUUUCCCGCGCUCAUCGUUUGGUCUCUUGACCAAGCUUCUCGCUCUGGACCCAGCUUAUCGGGGUACUGCGGCUUCUGCUCUGGAAAAUGAUUUCUUUAGCUCCAGUCCCCCGGCAUGUGAUCUCUCAGGUCUACCUGCGCUGCAGAUUGAGGAGCCUCCACCAUCUCAUCAAGCUAAGAACCCAAAGAGACGCAAGUCCACUAGAGCAAAGCAACUGUCUCGAACGAACGCGAAAGCACAGGAUGAGGGAGCCGUUUUAGCACUCGAAGCCAAACGGGAUUCGGAAUCUUCUAAAGAGGCACUUCAACAAAGAGAUCUUUCUUUUUUCCAGGAGAAGAUUGCAGAGACAAGCUUCAAAAGUCAAGAGGCGACGAGCAAUAGCACGAGCAGUGCGUCCUACAGCCUCAAGCCGAACUUGCACGAGGACAUCAUACACGUCUCUCUCUCGCCAGUGCUCCGAUCCAACGGUAAAGCGUCUUCCUCGAGGACCGAAGGCCACCCGAAUGCUGCCCGGAAUAUCCAGAACUACAGAACUCUCUUGCAGGCCUCCAUUACGGACAUUAUCAAUCCUAAGGAAGGCAACCAGGUUUCCCACUUCCGGAGAUCGCUCUCGACUCUGGAUUUCCGCCACCUCGACCCCGAGAAGAUGUCCAAGCUCUUUGGAGUGGAAUAUUAAGGAUUGAGGCCACAAGAGUGUGAUACCAUUCAUCCUUAACUUGCUUGAAGCUUCUUUGUCCAUUGAUUAUGCCUCUCCUUUCCGUUGUGCAUUGUCCCUUUUUCCCAAGUCAUAAAUUGUUCUUUUUGGAGGCUACUAAAGUUGUAAAAUCAAUAAAUCAGCAGUCGGUCCAUUCCGAAAUAAAGGAUUAUGCAGUUUGUAUAUUGAAUAAAUUUGCUGGUGCAUUGAGAAUAAUUCUAUGUAGCAUCAUAUGAUUAUGCACUCUGAAUA